AUGAAAAGUGCUCAAGAUCGACAAAAGAAUUAUGCAUAUCAGAGGCGUAAACCCCUAGAGUUCCAACUAGGGGAUAAAGUAAUGCUUAAGGUAUCACCUCUGAAAGGAGUGAUUCGGUUUGGAAAGAAGGGAAAGUUGAAACCCCGAUACAUUGGUCCGUUUGAAGUAAAAAGCAAAGUAGGACCAGUGGCUUAUCGGCUGAAACUUCCUGAACAGCUGGCAGGAAUACAUAAUACUUUCCAUGUAUCAAAUUUAAGGAAGUGCCUAGUGGACGAAGCCCAACAAAUACCCCUGGAAGAGGUACAUGUUGACGAAAAACUCAACUUCAUUGAAGAACCACUACAAAUCGAAGAUAGAAAGGUUAAAAAGUUACGCAAGAAGGAAAUCCCGUUAGUCAAAGUCAAGUGGAACGCACGUCAUGGACCCAACUUUACAUGGGAACUAGAAAACAUAAUGAAAGAUAAGUACCCUCAUCUUUUUAAGUAA